CUGGUGAUUAUUACACUAUUACCAAGAAAUUUUUUGAACUUUGUGGAAGCAGGCAGAAGGACCAGUCACGUUGUACCCAGCUCAGUUUUGGAAAGGGUUCGGUCGUUUGUUUCAAAGGUGGCAGUUACAAAUGAGUGUUUGUCGGCUUCAAGCUCUGACGAAGGGUUUCACAUCGAAGUGGUCGAAACAGAUGAUGAUUCAACUGCAGGAAGUGAUUUAAGUCAUGAGGAAGACGAAGAGGACAAGCUUUACGUCGAAAUUGAUUUGUCGGUUGUAAAAGAUGAAGACUACUCCAAGGACGCACAGCUACCAGAAGCUUUUCGACGUAAAAAACCUUCUGUUUUUAAGAAGCGUGUUGCUAAAAGGAAAUUUAUUGAAGAAGUUGAGGAAGAUGACAGUAAAAAAAUCUCUAGUUGA